CAGACUGACCACUCGGUGUUGUGCGUGAAGCCGGUAAAUAAAGUGUUUAAAUCCGGACGAGAAGGAAAGAGAUGUACUGGGACACUAUCAUCAAACCUGGAGACAGAAACACAGACAGCAAAGACUCAAAGAUAAAGAUGGAGAUUUGCCAGACUGGAUAUUACAAAGAGGACUUCAGGACGCAGGAAGUGCCAGCUGGCUUUGACUUUGCAUCUUAUGACUACCCUGGUGAAGACCUGUCUUUUCUGUUAGACAGUAAAGCACUCGUGCAGCAGCAGCAGCAGCAGCAGCAGCAAUAUGUGUCAGAGAGCAGCUACCCAGAGCCACCAAAAGCUUCUCACCCUUACGACACUAAAGUGAGCACAGGCGACACUUCCCUCUUCAACCUGGACUCGUACCAUGAGUUCAACUGGUGGGCCUCAUACUCGCAUGAUGCGCUCACGGUAGACCCGUCACAAACUGGAUACCAGGAUCCUCCACAGACUUACCAGAUCCUGGUGCCCCACAACGGACAGUUCAGCCCGGCCGUGGAGGGCAGCCACAGCCCCUUUCUCACCUCAAAAGGGUCAAAUACAUUACAAAGCGAGACGGAUCAGAGCUACUCGUGUCUCUCGGGUGAACCGUACGACUCCGACGGACAGAGGCCGCCCUCGUCUUUCUGGCCUGAGUACUCCUCCGCCAGUUUCAGCGCCCCACCUCCGGCCUCCUGCCCCUCCAACCUCGGCCCCCAGUCCUCGGAGCAGUACUGCCCCCGUGUGGUCAAACGCAAGAGCACACACCUACAGAGGCCGGACAGGGAGGGCCAGAUGACAGGAAUGUCAGCUUAUCCAGGUUCUGGUCCAAUCCAGUUGUGGCAGUUUUUACUGGAGCUUCUUCUGGACUCUGCCUGUCGCACUUUCAUCUGCUGGACGGGAGACGGCUGGGAGUUUAAGAUGUCCGACCCCUCAGAGGUGGCCAAACGCUGGGGCCAGUGCAAGAACAAACCCAAGAUGAACUACGAGAAGCUGAGCCGCGGCCUGCGUUACUACUACCACAAGAACAUCAUCCACAAGACGGCGGGCAAACGCUACGUCUACCGCUUCGUCUGCGACGUGCAGGGCAUGCUGGGAAAGACGGCGCAGGAGGUGCUGACCAGUCUGAACGUUUUGCCCGCAAACACAGAGUCGUGGCAGUCGUGCCCCGUGGUGCCAACCGAUGCAUCGGAGCACAGUGGCGAAACGUGGGCGUCUCAGUAGGAAACGGUUACCACGACUACCAGGAGUACAAGGCCUUCAGUCUACAAAGGGAACACUGCUGUGGUUCACCCUGACUGAACUACAGUAUCCUCAUGGGGUGAUGUCUAUGGUUGCUGCUUUUCAGGGAAUCAAAUAACCAAAAACUCAUGAAUUCAUAUUCAGUCUUUUCUUAAAUAAUGGAUCAUAUUAAAUAAAGGUUUCCCAAUACCUGACCCAAACACACAAAGCACCUCAGGGCUAAAGAACUGCAGCACAGAGGCAUUUAAAGCACGAUAAAUAAAUACUUAUCUUGCAACGUCAGUGGCGUUACUUUUUAUUUGAUGUGUUUCUAAGAAGGAAUCGAUUUGUAAAUAGUGUUUAUAUGACCGCCUUGUAGAGUUUUGUCCAUUUAUAUUAUUAUAAUUUUUUUUUUUUUAAUACAAAACUCACGUCUACCUCUGUUGCUUAUCAGAAUAACAUAAACUGAGAUUAUUUCCAGGCACGCACUGUGAACGUUUUUGCCUGCGUGAUGAUUGUUUUGUGUAAAUAAACUGUAC